AUGACCAAGGAGAGUGCAGAGCGCAAGCUCGCAAGCACGGCCGAGAAAAAGGCGAGUCAAUCUGCUACUACCAUGGGACGGGUGAAGUCUAGUUCCAAAGAUAGCAGUAGCAGGAUGAGUAGCACCAAACAAGAGGAUCUCGAUUUCGACGACUCUGAUGCGGAAACGCUCCAGUCCGAUUUCGGCGGAGCUGGAUCAGAGACCCAGAUCAAGGAGGAAAGCUUGAUGGAUCUCGACGACUUGAGCAUGGGCGACUUUUCCGACAAUUCUAGUAAACCUGCCACCGCUGGGUUCAAUGGAGCGGAUAGCAAGACUGCUAGCAGGCACCCUACGGAGGGAGCGGAUAGCAAGACUGCUAGCAAGCAGUAUACGGAGGAAUCUGGUAGCUCUCGCAAGCGGGGUAGCAACCCUAGCUCCCAAACUGAAUCAAAAGAGCGCAAACGACCAAAAUCCACUCAAGGUGGCUUCAAAGGCAUCGCUACUGACGGAGGGAUCUUAAGCUUCGCUCCAGGCGACAGACAACCUUCCUAUGUUCCCCGUACGUUGGUUGCACCAUCCUCUUCGAAACAAGCAAUGAUUGUUCUACCUGUGGUGAUUCAGCUUGACGGGGAGACAAUCCAGCUUGAGGUGAAGAGUAAUCCUGGCGAAGGUGACAAGUGUUUCUGGACGGAGCUGAACGGAAGGGUCAAGCAACUGGAGACAGUGCUAGCAGAACCCCAUUUUGGUGCUAUCAGCCAGGAGGAGUUGGAUCAACUUCGAGUCGGUAGCAGCCUGCUACCAAAGUUGCUAGGACAGGAUGGACGUCUGCAGUAUGAGGUACUGGCCAAAGGUGAUCGUGUUAACAAGCAGGAUUAUAAGAAGUUCAUUGAGGUCAUCUCUAGCAAUGCGGACAGGAUGAAGGCACGUUACCAAUACGGUAAAAACGAGGCGACAUAA